AUGCCGCGCCACGUGGCCGCGCCGAUGGGCGCAGCUUCCCGCGGCGGCGACCGCCGGAGUCGAAGCCCGAGUGCUCAGAGCGCGCAACGCGCAAGCCCAGCGCUCAGCGCGCAGAGCGCUCAACCAACCGCGGGAUCUCCGCUUCUUGGAGGACAGAGGCGGAACGACGAGCGCGCGGAGGUUUAUCCGCGUACGGCUUUUGUAGCCGGCCGCGAAUCAGCGGAACGCCAAGUUCCGCCAGAGCAGGCGGGGCUGGAAGAGAUGCUUCGCGCGCCUGGUGCGGGGGGCGGCGGGCGGAACGGCGGAACUCCUGCGGAGACGCUUGCGCGGAUCACGGCGCGGUUCGGCGCGAACCAGCUUGCGACGGACGCGCCGCAGAUGCUACAAUCGACGGCUGCUCGCGGAGAAGAAAUCGCGACUGCAGCAGCUGCGGAGGAGGCGGAAGUGCGCGGAGAGUGCGAGGAGGGCGCGGAGGAAGCGGAAAGCGGAAUGUACGAGGGUCUGCUGGAGGCGGUGAUCCGCGCGCGACCGGCGCGCGAAACGGCGGAAGCGCAGGAAGGUGGCGGAAGCGGUGCUACUUUUACGCGCGGCGGAGCGGCCGAGAAGGGAGGGAUUAGGUUGGCGGAGAUCGCGCCGUGGGGAAAGUCCGCGUUGACGGAAGCAUCAUUAGCGGAGCUUGAGGCGUCGAUAUCCGCGCUACAAGCAUCCCUGCUACAGCAACAGCAACACCAGCCGCAGCAGAAGGAGCAACCGGCGCAGCCGCAGCAAGAGGGACAGAAGCAGGAGGACGAAGAGACGGCGAGUGGAGAAAGGUACCCCGCGCAAGCAGAGGGCAAGGGGAACGACAGAGCGGAACAAUUCGGCGAAACCCUAGACUCGGAGUGGAAAAACUCGCUUGUCAGGGGAACCAAUUCGCAAAACGAUAAGUCCCGUUUGAGUUCCCAGUUCCCGGUUCCCAACUCUCAUUCGGAAGGCGGAAAUUUCGACUCCCAGUUCGAAUCAGUCACCUUGAGAACAUUCGCCGCCUGGUCGGACGAGCAUUGCGCCGCUUUCGCUGCUGACGGCGCGCGCGGAGAUGCGGCGGCGAAAACUGCGCAACCCGCGGAAACGGCGGUCGCCGCGCGGCCGCUCCACCAGCUGCUCUCCGCGAUGGACCCGAAUCAAGAGGCAAUGGUCGCGCUCGCCGCUUCCGCGCCCCCCCCAGUCGAUGACAAUGUGCGCGGAGACGUGGCGGAAGCCGCGCGUCCUCUCCGCAGCCGCCUGCUCUCCGCGGUGGACCCGAAUCAAGAGGCAAUGGUCGCGCUCGCCGCUUCCGCGUCCGCCCCAGGCGCGCCCCUCGCCAUUCCGCUGCUGCAGCCCAGCUCCUUCCCCGCGAGCUUCGGCGCCGCCAGCGCCUCGCUGCGAGCGCAGAACGGCGGCGGCGGAUCCGCGGCGCGCGCGGCUGUUGCCACCUCCUCGGCGGCGGAUCCGCACAGUCAGAGUUUCGCCCGCGCCCGCAGCAGUGGCGGCGGCGGCGGCGGCGGGACGAGUGGCGGCGGCGGCGACGGCGGCGGCGGCGGCAGCGGGACGAGUGGCGGCGGAGGGGGGCGUGCAUUCAUUAUUCCCGCGAGCCUAUCAACCGCCUUCUCUCCCUUCUCCUCCUUCGACGCCUCCUCGCUGUCCCCCUCGUCCACCGCAAUUCUCGGCGCUCUUCCCGCUCUCCAGCCCUCCAUGUUGAAUCCCGCCCGGUGCGAUCCUGCUGUGCUGAGCUCAGAAAGGUUUCAAUCAGGGGUGUUGCCAGAAGUUAGCCCUGUGCAAGGUGCCUCUUCAGAAGGGUGCAUGGUGUGUGGGUGUGGGUUGCAAGGAGGAGACGUACAGGUGGUGAUGGGGGUGAUAGGACGUGCCUGCUCUACCUGCCUCGCCUUCAACGAACCUGCCUUUGCCGAGCCUGUCUUUGCCAAAGGUGAUGCCUCUGCCGAGGCUGUCUUUGCCGAGGCUAACGUCGGUCGGAGUCUCCGGACCUCCUUGGCAGGCUCGGCAUCGAGCGAACAGGUUCAGCAAGAGUUGGGGAUUCUGGGAGGGGCGAUGCUGCUCCCGCCCUGGGACAAGGACUUGGAACAGCAAUUGGUAUUCCUGCAGCAGCAGCAACAGCAGCAGCAGCAGCAGCAGCAGCAGCAACAGCAGGCACAGCAGCAGCUUGAGCAGACAAGCAGCAGAGACCUUGCGGCUGCUGUUGCUGCCGCUGUUGCUACAGGCACCAUUGCAAACGCCCCCAGGACUGGCAGCAACACUCUCGGCUGUGGAAGCAGCUUCAGCCGCAGCACCACUGUCAGCAGCAGCAGGAAGAGGAGAAGCGACCUUUCCCAGAUGCACCUGGAUUCGUUUCUAGGUGCGACCUGCAACACCAGCACCACUGGGAACCAAUCUAGUUUCACUGCUGCUAGCAGCAACCUCCGUGCUGCUGCUAUUCCUGUUCCCGCUGCUGUUACCGCUGCAGUGGGGUUGGAAGGAGCAGAAGGAGGAGCAGGAGAGGGGAGUGGGCGUGACAUGCAAAGCAUGAUCGAGGCAAGCAUCCGAGCCAACGAGUUCGCUUUGGAGCGGAUAGCUGGGGAGAAGAGGUUCGGCGGGUGGCUCGGGCAGGGCCGAGGGAGCAGCGGCGGCAGCACAGUGUGCAGCAGCAGCGGAACUGGCAGCUUGUUCUGUGGUGUGGGUGGUGCUGCUGGCUCUGGGAGGCCACUGAUUGGUGCUUCUGCUACUGCUGCUGCUGGUGCCGCUGCCGCUGCUAGUGCUGCUGCUGCUGGUGGUGGCGCAGGUGGUGGUGCUGCUGCUGCUUCUCGUGGUGGUGUUGCCUCAGCGGGAAGAGCUCGUGGGCUGUCUGACCGGCCUGCGUGGCAGGUGAAGCGGGGCAGAUGGUCACAGAGGGAGCGGUGGUCGCAUCACAUGCGCGUUCAGUACCAGCGACAACAGGAAGAGCUGCUGCAUCAGCAGCAGCAGCAGCGGGAGCAGCAGCAGGAGCAGAGUCGGCAGCAGCAGCAGGAGCAGGAGAGGCAGCAGGAGAUGCUAUUGCGGGAGUUGCUUGAGCAGCGGCAACGGCAGCAGCAGCGGCAGCAGCAGAAUUCGUUCAACCUCCUCGCCUCUCCUCCCCUGUCUGGACUGGACACCCCUUUCUCAACACCUGGAGCUCUCAAGUCAGUCUUCCUUCCUCUGCCUCUGCUCCCCUCCUCUCCACCUCCCUCUCCAGCCCCCUUGGCUUUGCGGAAGCCUGCAGUUCCGCACCUAAGAUGCAUCGCCUGCUGCUGGUCUUCUCACACCCUCUAUGGCCGCACCUCGCUUCACUCCUUCAAUCCCCCGUGCACUCCCUAG